AUGUCCUACUUUACGUUCGGUACGCGAAUGCACCACGGCUAUGGCGUCAUUGAGUGUCAGAAGGACUACAAAAACAUUCUCAAACAGAUGCAACAUCUCAGCAGCCUGGACGACCCCUCCACCCCUCCAGCCCUCCACCCCUCCACCCCUCCAGCCCUCCACCCCUCCACCCCUCCACCCCUCCAGCCCUCCACCCCUCCACCCCUCCAGCCCUCCACCCCUCCACCCCUCCAGCCCUCCAGCCCUCCAGCCCUCCACCCCUCCACCCCUCCACCCCUCCAGCCCUCCAGCCCUCCACCCCUCCACCCCUCCACCCCUCCAGCCCUCCAGCCCUCCACCCCUCCAGCCCUCCACCCCUCCACCCCUCCACCCCUCCACCCCUCCACCCCUCCACCCCUCCAGCCCUCCAGCCCUCCAGCCCUCCACCCCUCCAGCCCUCCACCCCUCCAGCCCUCCAGCCCUCCAGCCCUCCACCCCUCCACCCCUCCACCCCUCCAGCCCUCCACCCCUCCACCCCUCCAGCCCUCCACCCCUCCACCCCUCCAGCCCUCCAGCCCUCCACCCCUCCACCCCUCCACCCCUCCACCCCUCCAGCCCUCCAGCCCUCCACCCCUCCACCCCUCCAGCCCUCCACCCCUCCACCCCUCCAGCCCUCCACCCCUCCACCCCUCCAGCCCUCCACCCCUCCACCCCUCCAGCCCUCCAGCCCUCCACCCCUCCACCCCUCCAGCCCUCCACCCCUCCACCCCUCCAGCCCUCCACCCCUCCACCCCUCCAGCCCUCCAGCCCUCCAGCCCUCCAGCCCUCCAGCCCACCACCCCUCCAGCCCACCCGCCCUUCUCUGACGCGUCCCCUGAGACGACCAGUUGGACUCUUCGAGGCCACUUUCAAAAAGCCGCACCCACGGGAGCGCUGACGUUUGACAUUCGAGGGCUCCACGCCAAUUUAACCCCGCCUCUCCGGCCUUCUUCUCACUGCCCUCCUUUGCCUUCCCCGGAAUUGCCUGCCGUUUAUUGCGAGAGGGCAGAAGUGGCGUCAAACAUGCGUCAAAAUCCACGCCAUCCAAGCAGGGAACCACCGAGAGAGGACUUAACGCCGCUCAUCUGA